UUUCCCUUCUCCAUCUUCUACAGCUGAUUGCAACUGACAGAAGUGUCGACUGUUUAAACAUAACCUCACAAUUUCCAUUUGUGUGCGUAUAUUAAAUAACUUUUUUGCAUUGGAAGUUGGAAACACCCUCAAUAAAAAAAAAUAUUCUGUGAUAAGACAAUAGCUGACAUAUUUUAAUUAGAUAGAUAAUUUGCUAUUAGAUUGACAGUACUUAUAACAAUGCAAAUGUAGAAUAUAUUAUCAAAAGAAAAUAUAAUAAUAUAUAAUAAUGUCAUAUUAUCAAGGCAUAGAGAAUAAUGAGUAUUUUAAUAUAUUGAUUUAAACAGUGUUAUUAUUGUUAAUUACUUGUAAAAAGAAUCCACAAAUGGCACCGUUAACGGAUUUACUUUCUUGUAGUAUAAUAGAGAAAGACUGCAAUGGAGAUAUCUUGUGGACAUGGUCGUAUCCUGCAGUAACGGAAUCUCAGAAGACUGUAGUUACAAGAAAAUGCAAUAUGAAAUUGGAACAUAGUUCUCCUCAUGUAUUUGUAUGUGCAAGACACGGCCAUGAUUGGUUUUAUAUACAUUGCAGUGAAGUAUUCGAUUCUGAUAAAUUACCAAAGGUAAAACAGUUCGCAUUGGUUCUUUUUGCAAAGGACUUUAAUCCACAAAAGUAUGAAGUGCUGUCACGAGUUCUUAGCAAGAUGUAUUGCAAAACAGGAAAACCAACAGAAAUCCUGCAAUUAUAUCUUUCUGUAUUCACAAAAGGAUCGUGUUCAACACAAGAGAAUGGAACAUUUGUCUCCGAUGAUUUUAAUACUCAUCGAUUUGCAGCUAGUACUAAUAUCAAAGAACUGAUUAAAACAUUCGAAUUAGAAACAAUUUUGAUUUAUACCGCUCUCUUAUUGAAAAAAAAAAUCAUUAUAUAUCAUCACAGCUUGGAGCAACUUCUUAAGUGGAUAAGAACAUUCCCUGCAUUAAUGAAACACAGAAAAGUUACUGAACCCUGGAUUGAUUUAGUAAAUGACGAAUUGAUUGAAUUAAAGAGAUAUUCACACUAUGUGGCGGGCUGCAGCAAUAGCUCAAUAUCGUCAAGAACAGACCUAAUUACUGUAGCACCGCAUGCAAAAGAAAGUCUUACAAUGACAAAAACUCACAAGGAAAUAGCCUUAUUUAUGGUGCAGUUAUGUGAAAAUCAAAACUAUACAGAGGCACAAAUUAUUUCUGAGAUAAGCGAUAAAACGAAAGAUCUUUUAAAUCAACUAACGUCAUUAGCGACAGUUCAAGCUCCAGAUGGUAGAAAGAUGAUUUCUAUUGAGAUAUUUAGAGAAAAAAAUUUAGCACCGGCUGUGGAAAGUUUUCUUAUUAAUUUGGCCAUUGCUGAAAAUCUUUUUAUGUUAUGAUAAUGUAUAAAUCAAAAUAUGUAAACGUUUUAAGGUAUAGUGAAUAAUAAGAAUAAGAUAUAAGAUG